AUACCUUUCAUCCACACAUUGCCAUGAACGCCAUAGACCCAACAGACUACGUGGAAGCCGAAGAAGGCCAGUUGUACUUGAGGUUCGGAGACGACAAGCAACAGGCCAAGUUCGAACUUGGAGUUUGCAUGGCCAUCUACAAAUGGGAAGAGCUCACCACUGCGGUGGACAACUCGUGGGGAGGACCCAAGUCUGGGGAAAAGAGAGACUGGAUCUCGGGGAUUGUCAUCGAGUUGUUCGAUGAGAAGGUUGUCGACGUCCAGUUGAUCGAAGAGACGUUAUUAUACGCCAUGGUGGACGAGUUCGACACUGAGAUCGACAACGACUCUGCGUUGGAAAUCGGGGCCUUGGUGAUGAAAUUCUACAAGAAUGUCAGGGACCGCAAGUACGAAGCCAUUGACGAGUUGUACAACAAAUGGACCGAGAAGCAGGCCACCAAGACUUCCAAGGAGAAGGUCACUGUCGGAGCUGAUCCCAACAACCCAGAUGCUUCUGACAGCGAAAGCGACGACGAGGAAGACGAAGAGCCCCACGGAGAUGACGACAUGGAUGUUGAUGUACAAGAACCAGCAGGUCCGGUUAUAGAUGAUGAUGGGUUUGAGUUGGUGCAAACCAGAAGAAGAAGAUAGGUGAAGAUUGGGCAAAUUGGCCAACGAUUGAAUAGGAGCAAUUCGCAAUAAGAUAUCUAAUUUAAGAGGUAGAGUAUGUCUCGGUGUAGUUGGU